CUGAGUCGCCAUGAGCUCCCUCCCUCAGCCACAGCUUCUGUCGUCUUACGCUAAGCCUAAUUCGGUGACCCUUCAUCCGCCACACUACCACUGGUGUCCCUCCCAGUGCGGGCAUACAUGAACCCCUCCACUGCCCAGUUCCAACCUGCCUGCCCUGCGUCUUUGAUUCCCCUCCUUGGUUGCGCAACGAGACAACACCGCAGACUUUGGGAACCACGGAAUUGAACACGACCAACAGCACGUCGACGAGAUCCGUGGCUGCGUUUUAUACGCUGGGAGAAGAUUGAAGGAUACAGUUAACCCCCAAAGGGCAAACAACCGAAUCAACCCAGAACUCACGCCAUAGUACAAAAUGGCUGGUCCAACAUCCCCGGGCACCGAAGGUCCUACGUUUGCACCACCCUCGCUCCCACCAGGCUGGAUUGCGCAGUGGGACGGCUCGACCCAAAAAUACUACUACGUUCAGCUGGCUACCGGUGUUUCUCAGUGGGAGAUUCCUACACAGGCUGCUAAAACUGGUACAACACCUGGACAGCCCAGCGAGCAUCCUUACGGUGCACCAACACCAGAACUCAUCACGCAUCCCGACGGCUCGCAGACAGUUAAGCACGCGGACGGAACAAUGGAGCCCGUUAUGCCCGAUGGUUCUAGAGGUAUCGAUGGCCCCUCGGGCGACCGAGGUCUCGGAACACAAGCGAUGAACGCACUACUUGGCGGCAAGUCUGGUAGCUCGCCUCUGGGUCAGCUCGCCAACCAGUUCUUGGGCGGCAAACCACAUGGUGGUAGCGGUGGUGGUGGCAGCGGUGGUGGUGGCAGCAGCGGUAUUGGAGGCAAGCUCGUUGGACAGUUGACAUCGAACUUGUUCUCUCCUUCGCAGAAGCCUGAGGCCCCCUCAAAUUAUCAUGGUGGUCAGAACAACAACAAGCCGCAUGCAUCAGGUGGCCUAGCCGGCGCUGUCAUGGGUCAGGUUGCCCACAUGUUUGGAGGCAAGGAGAGCUCCGGAGGAGGUAACUAUGGAUACUCGAAUGCGGGAACGGGCGGUUCUUACUCUGGCGAAGCCCCUACUUAUAACCCGUUGGCGCCUCCUCCUGGUGGCCAGCAGCAUUCUUCUUCCUCUGGUCACCAGUAUGGACAGCAGCAGCAGCAACAGCAUGGACAACAGCAGCAGCAACAGCAACAACAGUAUCAACAGCAACAGCAGCAUGGCGGCUACUCUUCACACCAGCAGCAAGGUAGCUACGGUGGAGGUCACGGCGGCCACAACAACCAGCAGCAGCAUCAGGGCGGAUAUAACUCGUACGGCGGCGGCCAACCUCAGUAUGGUGGUCACCAGGGCCAGGGUCAAGGAUAUGGUAGCAACUACUAAGUUCCGUCUCUUUUUGGAAAGGCUGCUUUCUUUUUGUUUUGUUUUGCUGGGAAAAUAUACACCGUGAACCCGCGGGGGGAUCGUUUGGGCGUCUGCACUUUUCCUUUCUCUUUUGGCUGGCAUGGGGAGCGGUCGGGAUGUUCUCUCAUGAUAAUGAAGAGCUGCCUAGUGAAUAUCCCGUAGACUUCAGAGCAUCUUUGGCAAUGUUCGUUGUAAUCAAAAUUGACAAGCAAUUAUGUCGAUCAUCGGUCUCAAUGUGCACCACUCGGCCUGUUCAGGCUCCUGUAUCAGUUCUUCUUCUUUAGAUUCUCAGCUUUGCUUGUUGCAACAGAGGAAAGAGAUGUCGAUAUCCAUCGAGCAAUGAAAAAGCUGGUGAUAGCGACCACAAUCACAUGGAUGCCCGUGAGCACCAGAGAUUCCGGUACCACGUUUGCUAAAUAUGGAUCGAGGAUAAUAUCGGUAAGGACAGGCCGAGGAUGGACCAUAAGACUCUUGUCAUGACUAUAAUAAUCGGCUUGGGAUCGGAUUCUUAGAAGGAAAACAGAGGCGUGCCUCUCUCCAGCGUCUACAUUAGUUGGCGUUCGUAUCUGAGGCUCGUGGUGUUCAGCUUGAUCUUGUUGCGACUUUGAAAACGCUGCCAAUGACGAUAUUAACUCGGGUGUCUCCCAAACAGUGUCGAGCACAUAAACAUCUAAGUCAAAUUUCGUUGGUUC